AUCACUGGUCUAAAUCAACGACACAACUGAAGACUCCAUAAACAUUCUCCCCAUGGUGAAGGCUUGUUUAUUGUAGUAGUUAUUUAUUUUUUUUUUGGUUGGGGGACCAUGGUACUUCUUGCCCGGGGGGCCCCAGGAGGUCAGAAAGGCACGAGUGUGCGCUCUGGUGUGACGUCACAGGCUCAGGCACAUGACAUAUUCGUCUUUAAAACGACGUCACGGCGGCGGGCGCCAUCCUCAGCAGGCAGCUCAUUUGUCAGCGGCAGAGAAGAAGACGAGCGGCGGGAUUAGACGGGAGCUGCCUUUCUCUCUCUCUCUCUCUCUCUCUCUCUCUCUCUCUCUCUCUCGCUCCAUUUCUCCACUGAUACGCUCUCAUCCUCCUUUUCGCUCCAACUCCACAGAAACAACCGCAACCGCCUACUCAGUCACCCUCCUUAUUCUUUUUUUUCUUUUUUUGGAAAUGUUUUGAACCAUCUUCUUUUUUUUUUCUUCCUUGCCCUACCUCUUAAGCAGAGAUGUUACCCGGAGCAGAGACGUGACCUCCUAUUUCGGGAUGCUGGACCCUCAAAGUGGCGACGACUCCUCUUCAGCUGUAUGUCAACAUUUCUGGACGUUCAUCAGCCUGACGACGACGUAGUAGAGAGAGCAGACGAGGAUGCCAAGCAGAUCUGUUUUUUUUUCCUGUUUUUUUUUUCUUUUUUCUAUUUUAGUUCUCUCUGAGUCUUGUUCGCCUUGAAAGGGGUUGAAGAAAUGAAGGCAAAGUUUGAGGGUUCGUUUUUUUGGCUUCCGCUACACCUGUCCACCUGCACGUGCCCAUUAAACUCACAUUUUUGAAUUUUUUAAAAAAUAUUUUUUUAUUUUUAUUUAGUUAUUAUUAUUAUUAUUUUUUUUUUUUACAUCGUCAACGAGGAAGAUUACUGCCAAAUAGAACAAGUUAGAGAUUGUUUUCCAGCAUCGUUGGAGGGAUUCUACGUGCGCCACCUGGGUGGAUAUGGCUUAAAUGAUGUUGGCGUCACUGUUAGAUGGAGAAAAGUCCGACACUUGAGUGUCAUUAUCCACUGUGGACUUUGGUUGAACGCUGAUCUAAAUAUCUAAAUGGGAGGAUACCCGGUGGACUGAUUCGGCAUUCGAGAAGGAGAACAUGUGGAUAAAAAGGAGUGUCGCCCGCAGUCCAUCUGCUUUGAGGCAAAGCAGCUGUGUGGGGCACCGGGUGUGGAUUCUGCUAGCAAUGACCCACAUGACCUUGGACUUCUCUGUCUGCAGCCCCCUCAGUCAAGGUUUGGGGAUCAAACUCAUGCCUAAACCGGUGCCUCGCUCAAGACCUCGCCUGCAGCCCGAUUGGGACGCGCCUAGCAAGUUCCACUGGAGAACAGUGGGCCCUCUGGCCCGCAGGCUUUUGAAUCCUAUCCCUGCACCCCAAGACAAUAAAUUAGGGAUAUGGCCAAAAGUCACAGUCCAAAAGCAUCGGAAGCCCCUGCACAAACGACCAACGCCGUGUAAGGAAUGCCGGUUGGUGUACUCGGAAAUGGAGACAGAUGAUCCGGUAAUCGCGGAAUCUCCAGCAGCUUUUUCCAGUGGGAACAGGGGAGACCCAGCAAGGUUGCUACUUAGAGCCAGAAGGCAGCUCAAAUGGGAGAGCUUUGACAAGUCUCAGGAGGGCCGGACUACUACGGUGGCCGGAUUUAUUGACUGGGGACCCACAGGGACAGAUAGUAUAGAUGAGUAUGGCAAACCAGAGCCCAAAGUUAACCUGCCUACUAGGGCCUCAACGACCACAGUGGCCACAACCACGAGCACUACUACAAGGCUCUCCCAAAGGACGUUCAAUGUGGUGACUACACCAGAACCCAAGAGGCUAAGCACCACCAAGGCCACAAACAGCUUCGGGGAGACUGUCAAGCCACCAAAGCCAUAUGGGGAUACAUCAGGUUUGGCAGUUCACCAGAUAAUCACUAUCACUGUGUCUCUCAUUAUGGUCAUCGCAGCCUUGAUCACAACACUCGUCCUUAAAAACUGCUGUGCACAGUCAGGAAAUGGCCGCCACAAUAGCCAUCAGCGCAAGAUCCACCAGCAGGAAGAAAGCUGCCAAAACCUGACAGAUUUCACCCCAGCCAGAGUUCCCAGCAAGGUGGAUAUCUUCACUGCCUACAAUGACAGCAUGCAGUGCUCUCAUGAGUGUGUUCGGACUGCUGUGCCCAUCUACACUGACGAGAUGAUCCAGCAGACGCCUGUCUACAAGACUUCUUACAAUGGAAACAGGCCUUCCCCCUCUGAAAGACAACUGAUUCCUGUCGCCUUUGUGUCAGAGAAAUGGUUUGAGAUCUCAUGUUGACAAUUUAAAGGCCUUGUUCAAUUCCCUUGGGAGGAAGAGGAUUCCUGAAUUCAUGCUUUGGAUCCAAAUGGACGCAGCGGCUUCUUUUGUAAAGUAGUGUGAUCUCUCUUUGGACACUGGCGAAGAUAUUUAUUUUUCUAGAUGACAAACAGAGCAGUCACAGUGCAUACAGACUCCCAUAUUUCACUAUUAAGACGUAGACUAUAUACCGUAUUGGUACAUUCACAGGACGUGUGGACGAGACUGUGAAGAUCCCUGAUAUCUCUAAUCAUUGAUACAUAUUUGACAUUUGACAAAGGCACCCAAAGGGGCUUCUGUGGGUGGAAGAUGAACUCGAUUUCUGAACAAUGUGCCAAUAAUGCCACUAUGUGCCACAAUCUGGAUAGAAGGAAGUUCUAAUGACAACAGAUGGACAAAACAAAGAGAGCUAUAUUAACCUUGUAUCAACAUUGUUUUUGUGUUUUUGUUUUGUUUUUUUAAGAAAUGUGAAAAUGCUACACGUAUUUGGAUAUGUAGUUUUAAGAAAUUUUUGGAAAAAGGCUCAUAAAGUUAUUUAUUUAAAACUCUAAUAGACUGAGAAGAUGGAAGGAAAAAUAUAAUAUAAAGUCCCAUUUUAAAAACAGAACAGUGCUAUUUUUUUUUUUUUUUUUUUUUUAAAUACAGAAAAGCCUGCCACACCCUUGACAAUGACGAUCCAAAGCCCCUUGGCUUUGCCGCUCUUAAUGAAAGACUUCCAUCCAACAUUUUCUUUCCUGAGUUGAAUGACUGGAAAAUUCAUCGUUUUGUAAAACCGAUUUGCUUGCUGCAGCAUAUCUCUCAGCCGCCCAUGUAUGUAUGGAUUCCAUAGGGACAACUAUACAACAAACUACUUACUACUGGACAGAACAUUUAACUGCCUCAGGUCUGUCUAGCUCACGAACAUUAUAUUAUAUUACACUCAAAAGCUGCUUUGGGGUCAAUAUUCUCAUAUUUGUUCAUAAUUCAGCAGUCAAUCAACAAGCCUCACUAGCAAAUAUGUAUUUGUAUGUACGGUAUGUGAUUAUUCACAUGAAUAGGAAACUAAUUAUAAGAUGAAACCCUCUCGAGUGACACUUCCCUGAGUUUAUCCCAUUCAUGAAACCAUAGUUUCAUUGCGUUAAUAUUCAUGUCUGGUGAAACAAAACCAGUUUAAUUGGAAUAAACAUAUUAUCAUAAAAUAUUAUGACUAUUAAUAAACUAAUCAUUCGUACAUGUAGACAAAUUAACUUAAGAAAGGGGAAUCUCAGGAUCCAGGUCAUUUGCAAAGAACCAAAAGUUAGACGCACGCAAGUCAGUAUCACGCAUCCAAGAUUUCUGGGGAUUGUGCGAAUAGUCUUUUCCACUUUUUUUAACCGAGUUCAUGAGCAGUAAAGACAUGAGGUUGUGCUUUCAUACUUGUUUUCUGGUCCAAAACAGUUGAUGGAUUCGUAAACCUGGUACAUUUUCCCCUUGAUUUGGUUUCUUUUCACAUAGUCAAAAAAUCCAAGCGGAAGCAAAAUGUGUCACGACAAACCACAUUACGUCGCUCUCUUAUCUAAUUGGCCUACAACGGGCACAAGAAUGUAAACCGGAAUAAGGUUUUAUUACCCCAGAAAAUAGCUGAGUGCACUUAAAGGGAACGUCGCAAAUGAAUUAACUUCCACAUGGUAACUUCAUACGUGCAAAACUGAAGGCGAAGCGAACUCGCCUUCAACUGUGAGCUACCUUUCAUUGUGUUACCUUGAUGCCGUCAAGGGUAUGUUCUAUUUAUUUGUCAGUUGGAGCAGAUCGAGGGCAGGUUUUGUUUUCUCAACAAAAGAUAACCACACUAAGUUUGUUUGGAAGCCACCAAUUGAUUUGGUCCGCAUCCGAGUCCGCUUGCUGUGUUCUUACCCGACUAAACAAGCCUCAGCAAGGGGGAAAACAAAAGCCAGUUCAUUCAAAACGGACCAAAGAGCGCUAGUGUGAACGAACUCUCGGGUUCUCGUGAGAUCCUUCCAGCUCCAGUAACUAUGAAAUGCAAGCUCGUGCAAGCUUGUGCUUUUCAGGAAGCCAAUGAUGUAUUCACGUUUGUAUGUGCUGUCGGUUUGUACAAAGCACAAAUACAUUUCUGCAAAUGUAAAUGUUUUUGGCUGUAGAUAGCACUUGACAGAUGCGGACUUAACUGUAUUGGUCACCGUAAGUCACCAAGGUGAUUAUGGGUUUGUAGUGAUUUCGUUACGAUAGAGCACAGCAAGUUUUCCCCUCCCGUGAGAUCAACAUCAUAAAUGCAAGCUAUUGAGGAGCGACCCAGAUGGUCUGGGAGAAAAACACUGUGGUGCAAAACUGCUUUUUGCCCCUUUACAACAUGAAAUCCACUCUCAUGAAUGACAUAGACCAGUUCAGCCGCACCUGUGUGUCAGGCUACCAAGUUCCUCCUUUGACAUAACAUAUAUAUUUUUGAAUGAAGAGUGUUAUCUUAACAGACAGAGGGUUAUGAAAAAAAAAUGUAUAUUAUACACGUGUAAAUGUAUUUUCUAUAUAUUUGCUUCUGUUUCUGUACAGUUGUGUAACUUUUUUUUUUUUUUUUUUUCAACAACUCGCCCGUUUUUGGGAAGGUUUAAGCUAGGUCUGGGAUAGUGUCUUUGUUUACAUGUGUAACUACAGUAUUUCUUUUAAAAUACAAAACUAACCUUGUGCCAAGCUUCGUACCUGCACUUUCAAGCAGUACAUGUAUUCUAUCUUUAGACAACCAGUAUAAUACUUCUGUAGACGCUGCAGUUAGAUCAGAAACUGGAGCGUAAUUUCCGGCUGGAAUGUCGGGAAAAAGCAGUGACGAUGAGACAUCUUGGGUUGUUCUGUAUUCAUGGUCGGCUGGGAAACCAAUGACUCCCUGUCAUUUAUGUGUUAAUUAGGAUAAACUCUGUUUCCUAACAUGGAUAAUAAAUGGUAUAAAUCUUACAGUAGCCGCCAAGAAGCCAACUAAUUGUAUUUGAACAAGAUGGUGUUACAUUAAUUUGUCACACUUGUAUGUUUUUUCAUAUUUAGCUGAAAAGGUGUGAUUUGUCACAAUAUUUACUCAUAUUUCUUAUUUAUUCAUGGAUUUGAAUUAAUAAUCGGGAAAGAUAUCCAAAGGGAAAAAAAGAUGAUGAUUGGAUUGAUCUGUAUAUGAAAUUAAUCUGAGCUGACUCCAUAUGCCAAGAUUUGAGCUGCCCCAGAUGGAAUAAGGAAAACUUUUCUCAAAGUUUAUCAAAGGAUAAUCUUGGUUUAUUUCAAUUUGGGCCUCAUCCUAAACUAUGUGCGUGUUUCUUGAGUUGCAAGUCAUAGUGACACAGUGGUUGGUCUUCUGAGUCUUAAAUUACACAAAAAAAAAAAAAAAAAAAAAAAAAAAAACCUGAAAUAUUUACAUAUCGGAUAGCCUGUCAAAAAGUCCUUUGAUAACUCUCACCCCAUCAACUUUUGAUCCUCUAAUUAAUUUUCCAGAGCUUUUUGUUUGUCAUGGAGUGCCAAUUUUUGCAUGGAUUGCUUUUAACAUUUACUGAAUUUGUUUGUCCCCAUACUCUCUUAACAUGCAAAAUAUCAUCAACUCAACAUUAGCAUGUCCAGCAUCUCUGUGAGCAUGUUGAAGCUCGUUUUCUCAUAGCACGGGGCUCCCUCAGGUCGGCUGUUUGUCAGAGGGGCCAUCCACUACAUUCUGCAUGAACGUGGUUUGUACCUGAUUUGUUUUGCCCCCUUGCAUGGUGUCAUCUUGUCAUUCAAUGAGCAAGUAAAACGAGCAUGUUAUGCCUAUGAAAAAUAUUUUUUUUCCCUUAAACAUAUCAACAAAUCUUCUGUUUAACAGACAUCAAAUUAAUUGUAACUGUCACAAGAUAUCACCUAGAGAUUAGAAUACUGUUCAGAUGGGAAAAAUAAAUAAAUAAAUAAAUAAAAUUAUAUAUAUAUAUAAUGGCUGCAUAAAAAUACCUUUUGUUAUCUUAUGAUACAGGCCUCCUGCCAAUGAAAACAAAGCUGAUGGAAUGAUAAUUAGGUUCCUGGUGGAGACACAAAUUACUUGUUUACAAUUCCAUGCAGUGUGUGGUGACUAAUUAUAAUAAAAUUACUGUUGCUGUUAUGCUGGGAUAUGGAUGAAUCACAAACAUAAGACCCAAGUUGCACUAAUCCCAAAGGACAAACAAAACAUGUGGAGUGAAAUUCGUACUCAAACAUCAAAGACGCACUGACAAAUGUUGACCAUUGUAACUGUUGAGGCUCCCUUAAAGACUGUGAACAUAUUUUGGUUAUUUCUCAAUUGCUUUCACUGUAUCUGGCAACUGUAAAAAUAUACAUUUUUGCUCAACAUUUAGUGUUUAUAUUUGAUACCAACGUAAUCAUGCCAGGAAGUUUAAAACUUGAACUUUGGAAGGGUUUUUAUUACAACUAAAAUUGCUGUCACUCAAUCUGGGGUGUGGUGUUCAUAAAGCAUUCCACAAUUACGUAUAUUUAGCUGGGGAAAAGAAAAAUCAUCAUUCCUCUUACCUUUGUAAGGAAAUGACUCGUGCUUUACUGCCUUUUCUUUUGUAUCUAGGUGUUGUUUAAAUUGGUGUUAUAGUGAUGUUGAUUUUAUUUUAUUUUUUUAAACAGUGCAGACAGGCAAGUAGUCUUAAUGAGACACCAAAGACUUGACAAGCCUUUGUGACAACAAAUGAAUAUUUUCAGAUUAUUGUUUCCAUCUCCUUAUCUUCUUAUUAAACCCUAUGCUCCGCUCAGCACAACUAAACUAUCAAUCAGCAAGAAAUACGGUCAAGAUAAACCCAUCUGCCAGUUGCGGUAAUUACAUGUUGACAAAUACUUACACUGAACAAAAAUUGAACGCAACACUAUUUUUUUGCUCCCAUUAUUCAUAGGCUAAACUCAAAGAUCUAAGAUUAUGUACAUGAAAGACCUAUUUUUCUGCUCGCGAGCACUUUGCCUUCGCAGAAAUAAUGGCAUUUCAAGAUGUUGAUUAGACAGCAUGGUUUUUGCUCAGAUGUGUCUUAGGCUGUCCACAAUAAAAAGCCUUUUAUUGCUGGCAGCCUAAAGCACAACUGUGCAAUAAUCAUACCGUCUCAUCCGCGUCUUGAUAUGGCAAACCUGCGAGGUGGAUGGAGAAUCUCGGCAAAGUAGAAGCGUUCACUAAAACAGAUUUAAAGAGAGAUUUGUGAACUUUUUUAAUUCAGCUUUUGAUAAAUGGGAGCAAGAAGAUGGCGCAUUGACAAGGGCAAAUCCAAUGUAUCAAAUGUUGCAAUUCUCCCUAUUGUGUUCUCAAUUUCCGAGAAACAUGCUAACUGAGAGAUGAAAGUGAUUUUACAGACAUCAUAAAAAUAAUUACUUGGCAAAGAAAUAGUUCAUUUGACAAAUCAAAUGUUUGAGUUAGAGAAAAAUGUUUAUCUUGGCUUGUACAAUUCCC